AUGGAUAUGGAGAAUGUCCUGCAAGAGGGCCCUUGGUUAGUAUCGGGCAACCUUUUAGUAUUGGAAAAGUGGAAUUCAGAGCAGAGAUGGUCCUUUCAGAGAUGCGAAUUUUGGAUCCAGUUGCAUGACCUCCCUCUUGAGCUACAGGAGGUGGAGGUUAUCCAGAAGGUUGCAAAGAAGGUAGGAGACCCAAGGAAAAUCAUGCGGAUCAAUGGGUUUCAGUUUGGAGCAAAGGUCAGUUACAUGCGAGUUAGGGUGGAUCUGGAUGUGCACAGGCCUCUUAGAACCACCAUUAACAUCAAACGGAGCAAUGGCGUCUCUAUUCCCGUUACAAUCAGGUAUGAAAAGCUUCCACUCUUUUGUUACUAUUGUGCCACCAUGGGCCAUGAUGAUAAACGAUGCACUACGAAGUUUGAGGAUGAUGAGAAGCAUAGGAGUGAGCAUGGAUGCACGGUCUCCAACACCUGCCCGGAGCUUCCCCCACCUCGAUGUGGUCCUGAGAUUCAAGGAAUCUCCCCUGAUGAAUCCCCACGGGGAGCCAUGGAAGUCCUUAGCUGGAACUGCCAGGGACUGGGGAACCCUCGGGCAGUUCGGACUCUCAAACACGUCUCCAAGUCAGAAACACCAGACAUGAUGUUCUUGAUUGAAACUAAGAGUAAUGGUGAGAGGCUCUGGACUCUCAAGAGAAGGAUGAAGUAUCAUGAAGUCUAUGCUAUUAACGCAGUGGGUGCCUCAGGGGGAUUGGCAUUAUUUUGGCAUCAGAACAUUAAGGUGAAAAUCAUGUUCGCUGAUGCUCGUGUUAUAGAUUGUGAAGUAUCCUCAGAGCAAGGCAAUAAGUUCUUCCUUACAUGUGUGUACGGGGAUCCCGUUAAGUCUCAAAGACAGGGCAUUUGGAACAGGAUAGCUUCCUUUGGAAUGAACAAGGUGGACCAGUGGCUUUGUAUAGGCGACUUUAACUCAUUUCUGAGCUGGCACGAGAAGGUGGGAGGUGUUAAACCAGGGAGCCAAGACAUGAAUCAGUUGAGGGAAUUUCUUAAUAAUUGUAAUCUGAUGGACAUUGGAGCUAAGGGCCCUGUUUUCACAUGGAACAACAAGCGAAGUGGGUCAGCGAAUAUCAGGAUAAAACUCAAUCGAGCUUUAGCAAACCUAGCAUGGAGAAUGAAGUUUGAAAAUGCCAUAACAUUUGUGAGGCCGACCAUAGGCUCGGACCAUAAUCCACUGUUAGUGGAUACCAAUGGGGGUAAAUCAAGUGGUUCUCGGCCUUUUCAUUUUGAAGCCAUGUGGAUUCGUCAUCCAAGAUGUAAACAGGUGAUUUCAUCUUCUUGGACACUCUCACCUUCCAAUCCAAAUGAUCAUUUCUGGAUCCAAAAGACUGGUAACUGUAGGGAAGCUCUCCGAAAAUGGAAUUAUGAAGACUUCGAUCAUGUACAAGCAAGAAUUAAGGAGCUGAAGCAACAUCUUGAGAUAAUCCAGAGUCUUUGGCCUACAGCUCACUGCCAGGAUCGUGAAAAUGCCAUUCUUUCGGAAUUAGAGGAGAUGCCUACCAGGGAGGAGAUCCUGUGGCACCAAAAAGCCCGAAUGGACUGGAUUAAUUGGGGGGAUUCCAAUUUUGCCUUCUUUCAUGCCUCUACAAUCCAGCGUCGUCACCACAACCGUAUUAUCAAACUCAAGAAACAUGAUGAAGCUUGGACCAGGUCUAAAGACGAAGUGUUUUCAGUUCUUCAUACUCAUUUCUGUGAGGUGGUUUAG